AUGCGCAACUUGUCAGAGUUGACGAUCCGUUUGUGUCCGCUCGUUCGAUCAUUCUACACAGCAAUGCCGAAACGGAACGCGAAGGGCGCUAUCACAACGUUCUUUUCGCCAACGGAGUCUAAGAAAGCGAAGGUUGUCGAAGAGAACACUGAUGCUCCUGAUCGCGACGACAGAGACCCUCGAGAAUGGAAAUUCGCGGCCUGGAACGUUGCUGGUUUACGUGCUUUUUUAAAGAAAGAUGGCGUAGCAGCUAUCAAGAAGCUCGAUGCGGACAUUGUGUUGCUGGAAGAAACCAAGUAUAAUCCACAAACAGAUUAUGACAAACUGAAAAACGAGGAACGGGCAAAUUUGGAUGAUUUUAAGAAGAAGCUGAAAGAUUACCACAUCGAAUGGUGCGCAUCGACCGAAAAGAAAGGCUACGCCGGCGUGGCACUACUGACAAAAGUUGUUACCGGUCUUGGUGACGACGAAUUCGAUGGUGCGGGACGCGUCAUAUUCGCCGAAUAUUCGAACUUCCAUUUUGUUGGCGCGUACGUGAUGAAUUCUGGCGCAGGGCUGAAGAAUUUGAAGAGUCGUCAGAGGUACGAAGGGUUGUUUCUGCAGAAGAUCAAGGAGCUCGAUGCGACGAAGCCGGUGGUUUAUGGCGGUGACCUGAACGUUGCGCACCACGAAAUUGAUCUGAAGAAUCCUGAAUCCAACAGGAACAAAACAGCAGGCUUCACUGAUGAGGAACGCGAAUGCUUCACCCAGCUUCUUGACGCCGGCUUCAAAGACACUUUCCGUACAAUGCAUCCGGACACCGUCAAGUAUUCGUAUUUCAGCUUCAGAGGAAAUGCUCGUCAAAAGAAUAUCGGAUGGCGAUUGGACUAUUGGGUCGUUUCUGAAAGGUUGAUGGAAAACGUGUUGGAAAGCGACAUCCUAACGGAAGAGGUUGGAUCGGACCAUGUUCCGGUGGUCAUCCGCCUUUUCGUC